CCCAUCCUUUGUCCAAUUUUAUAUAAUCACGUUACAUUAUUAUUUUCACGUUACUUUUUUAUUACGCAAUAAAUCCAUAAAAAAAGAAGCAUUGACAUUAUCGAAUGUGUUAAAUUUGGCGCCUUACAUUCGACCAAUCAAGAUUAUUUGCGACUGCGCAUGAGUCAGAAUUUCCCUCCAUCUGACAUCGACAAUAUGGCUGUACAUAAUUGACAUAACGUAGAGGUUAAUCCAAGAAAAAGAAGUCAUUGAAUUUUUAUACUCGACCCAUCUUGAGCGUUUACCACUUGAUUUUACCGAGUGCUCGAAUAUUUCGCGGAAUGUCUGAAAUAAUAUCCGCAAGGAUAAAAUAAAAAGAACAUUUGACAAGGGUCACGAUUAUGAAGUAACCACCUGAUCGUUUACCAUAUACAAAUGUCAUUAUUUUCGAGAAAUUAUAUUUUAUUUUUCUACGUAAAAAAUGUCUAGUGAGUUUAUUAAUCUAGUGAAUUAUAAUUAAAUAUGUUACCCUCUUAGAAAGGUACUCCUAUUAUAUAUCGUAUGUUUAACACGGAGAAAUGGCGCAAAUACAAACUCCAAGCGCUGAUGGCCUUCCAAAACAUUUUGUUAGCGCAAUGCGUACGCUUUUUGAUAUAAUGGACGACCAGAACACUGGGUUCGUCAAAUUUUCCGACAUAGAAGGUCGAUGGCAGGACGAUGGUACUCAGGGCCUUCCUAAAGGAGUUUUAGAUAGUCUCAAAAAAGUCACACCGCCCAAUGGUUUUUUGUCCUUUGAAAGAUUUUGCGCGGGCUUGAAAAUCUGUUUGCUACAAAUUCAAGCCGAAAGUGAUUUCAAAAAGCACGAUGGACAACCGAACAGACCACCGUCUGCUCCAAUUCUAAUAACGGAUAAUCAAAACAAAGGACAUUGGACGUCUCCCAACACUGCCACCAUAAGACCAAAUAAUGCUAUAUCUCAGCAACGUACUUUAAGUAUGCCACAAUUACUUGCCAAUCGUAAAGAUAUAAAUACUCAAUUGGAACUUAUAGAUGGAAGAAAUGGAGUAGAGGCUAAGCAUAGUAAAGCGUAUGGUCCUCCAAAACCACCACGAACGGGUGCUGCAUUAGAAGGUAGAGCACUUAGCGCGGACAGGAAUAUUGAUAAAUCAGAAAUUCGAACGGUGCUUCAGAAUUGGCAAAUGGGUUUGAUGAUGAACGAUGAUAAAUGUCUGGACAAACGGCAAUUGCCUAUGUCGAAUUAUCGAGCCGAUACUAGGACCACGUUUUUAAGACCAACGCGGGCUUUAGGAGACGGUAAAGCAGUGGAUCUACAAAACAACCAGUUAGGAUUACAACCCAAAAAACCAUUGAAUCGACGUAGAGAACCAAGACGACAUACGUUGCAGAAUGGUAUUGACUACAAUAUGAUGAAAAGAAUGAAACAAAUAGAACAAGAGAAGGAUGUUCUGUUGCAAGGUUUAGCAGCAGUCGACAAAGCUAGGGAAUGGUAUUUAAAACAAAUUUCAGCCACUCAAGAAAAAAUUAAACACUUGGGACGUAUGGGCUCGCACGUGGAACAGUGGACGGAAGCACAGCAGGAACGUUUGGAGUUACAACGUGCAAGAGUUUUGGAAGUUAAUCGGCAUCUUGCUGCUUUAAUAAGUAGCUGGGAACGUGGUGGAUUACCAUUACACAUGAAUUUAGCCUUCUUGAGUGCGCCAACAUCGGCGCAACUUCAACAAGAUGUAUUAUCAAGACUUAAACAACAAAAUCAUAGAUUAACGGAGGAAGUUAACAAGAAGAGUCAGAGAAUAUCACUGCUCGAACAAGAAAAAGAUAAUUUAGUACGAGAAUUGUAUAAUAGACAAACAGGAAUGGUUCAAUCUCGUAGAGCAACUAUGAUCCACGAACAACACGACCAAACAUUCAUGUAAGAAUAUAAUUGAUCGAUUCUCAAGGCAAAGUGAUAUACUUGAAUAAAUUAUUAUUAAGUUUAAAACCAAAUUGUAGAUGUUGAAUGCAGUAUCAGUGCACUUUAUACCGAAUUCAUACAUUCAUUGCACAACCAAUGUAAAAAAAACAAAAAA